GCAGUUAUCACUAUUGAGUUCAAGCUGUUACAACACUUUAUGCUUUUUUAAUUCCAAAAUUUUCUUUCCAAGCAAAAUUGUGUCAUUCUCAAUUUCCAUUUGUCUGAAUAAUCAUCUGUAUUUUUUCACUAUCAUAAUAAUUAACAUAAGCAUUGAGGAACUCUUGGGCACUUUAACUUGGUAUUUAUAAGUUUUAUUUAAAUCUCUGGUAUUUGUAUUUUUUGCUUUCAACAUCUUUUUUAUUAUCCGUUUUGGGGCUUUUUCUAUUCUUGUUGAAAUAUGAACGUGAUAGUCGCUCAUAAAAUGUUGAAAUAAAUUCAAUUAUAUCAAGCUUUUUUGAAUUAGAAUUCGCGCUGCAUGUUUUCCCUCCAAAAUCGGGACUUCCUGUCUGGCGCAGUUGACAUUUUGGCAUUCAGUGAAAUAUACGGGGUACGGGGUAGCGCCAUAUUGACAAGAGGCGACCGAUAAUUUCAUUGAAAUGGAGUGUUUUUGAGGUGCUUCCACCGCCAGUGUAGUCUAGACCGACCGCAAUGUGGUAUUCCCUACGUCAGCUGUCCAUCCAGCGGAUGCGUAUCUAGUGUGCUGCGACUCGGUGUUUUCAUAUCACCGCCGACUUGGAUCCGUCGAUCGUAGCUAGGUGCAGCGAAGGGCCCCCGGUAAUCGCCUUAGCAGUGCAAGUUUGAGGCUUCCAAAUCUAGUUACCGUAACAGGAUUAAUAACAUCGGCCGCGGCGACUAUAAGAACAUGUUAUCGGCUAAACCGAAUCACCACACCCAGCUCGCUGCGAUGGUGGCCUCUGCUAACCGAGGAAGUGUCAAGUUGUAGGUGUGUUGUUUUUGCACAUUAAUAUAGCGUUAAUGUCAAUCGUGGCCCCAUCGAGACCACCACGAUCAUGCAGUGUUGUCAGUCAGACGAAGCUCGAGAACAGAAACGAAUCAACGCGGAAAUCGAGAAGCAGCUUCGUAGAGAUAAACGAGAUGCACGCAGGGAGCUCAAAUUGCUGUUGCUCGGUACGGGUGAGUCUGGCAAAUCCACAUUUAUCAAACAGAUGCGUAUCAUCCAUGGCGCUGGCUACUCGGAUGAAGACAAACGCGGUUUCAUCAAACUCGUCUAUCAGAACAUCUUCAUGGCCAUGCAAAGUAUGAUCAAGGCCAUGGACCUACUCAAAAUACAAUAUGGGGAUCCAUCUAGUAAGGAAAAAGCGGAUUUGAUCAAAGGUAUUGAUUAUGAAACAGUUACCACUUUUGAGAGUCCCUAUGUAGAAGCUAUUAAGGAUCUUUGGGCUGAUUCUGGUAUCCAGGAAUGUUAUGAUAGGCGUAGAGAAUACCAGUUGACUGACUCAGCCAAAUACUACCUGAGCGACCUGGAACGCAUCCGGGCACCCGACUACCUGCCCACCGAGCAGGACAUCCUGCGCGCCAGGGCGCCCACCACAGGCAUCAUCGAGUACCCCUUCGAUCUCGACUCGAUCAUAUUUAGAAUGGUAGACGUAGGCGGCCAAAGAUCAGAACGAAGGAAGUGGAUCCACUGUUUUGAAAAUGUAACUUCCAUUAUAUUUUUAGUAGCUUUAAGUGAAUAUGACCAGAUCCUCUUCGAAUCAGAAAAUGAGGUAAAUCGUAUGGAGGAAUCAAAAGCACUCUUCAAAACAAUUAUCACCUAUCCAUGGUUUCAGCAUUCUUCGGUAAUUCUAUUUCUGAACAAGAAGGAUUUACUUGAGGAAAAAAUCAUGUAUUCACAUCUAGUCGACUACUUUCCUGAAUAUGAAGGGGGCAAACAGGAUCACAUAGCUGCCAGGGAGUAUAUUUUGAAACUGUAUCUCAGAGAAAAUCCAGAUCCUGAUCGUCAGUGUUAUUCUCAUUUUACUACAGCGACAGAUACCGAGAACAUCAAACUCGUGUUUUGUGCUGUCAAAGACACUAUCAUGCAAUCAGCGUUGAAAGAGUUCAAUUUAGCUUAGUAUCAAGAUACGGAGAAUAUAAAGUUCGUAUUUGCGGCAGUGAAAGAUACAAUAUUACAAUCGAACCUGCGCGAGUACAACCUCGUCUAGUACGCUCGACGACGAUGCGAAUGCGACUGCAGCGCCACCUGGUGGCUUGUGGCGGCAGGCAGCGAUAGUGUACUGUUUUGUUCCGUGUGGUCAAAUCUCGCUUCAAACCCCCUACCGAUUGAUUGUGAUGUAUUUUGCGAGUAAUCUUCUUUUGCGCGAGCGUCUACCACUAGUGAUAUGUGAAGAUUGGUGGAUUUUGAUUGUACCCAAAGACUAUUCAUGUCUGUACUGUAUCUUGAUGACAAAAAGUGGAUGCGUUAUGAGAGUUUUUGCCGAUUUCAAGAUUGUUCGUACCGGUAAUGAGAUGACAGAGUAGACUUAUUGCCAAAUUCAGACAGCUAUCCCGCAAUUUGCGUUUAAAUGAGACAAGUUUAUUGACAAAGGUGUACCUCACGUGCAUUGUUGAUAUAUUUCUUAAUGACCAUAGUCUUGAUUAUUUUAAAAUAUCUUUGGAUGAAAUCUGGUUCAUAGCGCAUUCACUUCUUGUCAUUACUGUAUACAUAAUGAAGAUAUGUCCUUUUUCACAUAACGGUCAGUUCAGACUAUAUGGUCUGUAGCAGUUUUUUCAGGUUGUCUGACCAUUUGGUAAAAAAGCAAAGGUUUACAAGGUGUUCCAAUGUAAUUUGUAUCAAAUUUGGUCCUUCGUCUGUGCAGAUUUUGAAUGUAGAACAGUACAGUGAUGAAUAAAUUUUGGUAACCUUUGAAUACGAGCAUAUUUCAGCUGACCUAACUUGAGGACCAUUCAAAUUGGGACACCCUGUAUAUACAUAGCUAUUACCAUGCUAUUACCAUUCGUACCACUUAUAGUGUCAACUGACCUAAAAACAAAAAAAUUAAAUUUGUGUCCAUAAAGUGUGUGUAAAGCUUAGUAUAGUGUGCCAUUUUUUUAUAAAAAAUUGGUAAGAAAAAUAUCCAAACAGAUUUUUUUAAAAGAAUAAACAACAGUGCAGAAUGUGACUUUAUUCAUUAUAUAAAUAGUAUUGUUAUAUAUAUUAAAUUAAUGUAGUUGUAGCCUGUAAGGAAACUACCAUUUUUUUGUGUUCUGGUCUUGCGGAUUUUUACGAAGCCAGAAUGGACGUUUUUUUCAAUGAAAUUCGUUCCCAUUUAUAGUCCACAGCAUUCAAAAUUACUUGGAAGCUUAUUGUUCCAGCAGAUUUUUACACAUAUUUUUCAUGUUCAACUUUUGUUAAUUUAUUCUACAAGUUUUUCAAACUAUCAAAAGAUACUUUGACGUUUUAUAUUGUAUUUUUAUUAAAAAAGAAAAAAUCCUAACAUUCGAUCUAUGCGAAACGAUUGUUAAUUUCUUCAGUUAUGCUGAUGGGUCACAAAACUUGUAACCAGAAAUAAAUAUGAGAAAUCAAAUUGCCAAAUAGUUUCAUCCCAUUCAUAUUUCCUUGUUGGUUCUCAAAACAUUUUGACCAAAUCUGCUGUUCACAAUUUCUAGUUAUCUCUGUCUCGCAGUUACCUGUCAUAUGUCAUGUAGAUAACUGUUCACUUAAGAUUGUCCUGAGCAGUGUUGCCAGGUAUAGAGACGAUCAGUUUUCAGUAAAUUUUUGCGAAACUGUUCAGUAGAUUUCGGUAGACAGUAAACCAUAAAGCAUAAACUUGCCGACGAUCGAAAAUUGAAGUGCGAGGGGGAGGGAGGUUAGUAUCAAAUGCUGAAAUACUGCUAUUAAAUAAAUUGAAGACCUUAGGGCUACAUCAUUCCCUAUAAUGCACUAUUAUUGUCUUUCAUUGAAUUCUAAGAAAUAUUAUUUAAGAAACCUUUCUCUAAUCGGUAGAUCUAUCGAAAAAUUGGUUGACUUGGCAACACUGAUCCUAAGGCCGCCUUUAUAAUAUUGCCAGGUAGCGGGGUACAGGGUUGCCAGAUUGACCGGAUAGACUUGAAGCUUAUUAUUAUUAUACCAUCAUUAUUCAAGUGGUAUUUACUGGUUUUACUAUCCCGCACGGAUCAAUAUUAGCACGAUUGAGAACAGUUUGCAUCUAUUGAGUGGCGUAAUUGAAUAAAGUUAUGAAAAGUGACAUCGUUGCUUGGAAGUGACUGGUUUCACACGAUUAAAAACGAAAUCGUGCGACGACUCGUUAACAGAGUCGCCAUAUUGGGUUUUCCCUCAGUUUUGGGAAUUUUUCUAGGACUUUCUAUUCAGCCCGUCUGGCAACCUUGUACGGUACCCGUCGCCGCCGCUUCAGAGUAUAACAGCGACUUAACUCCUUCAACAGAUCUGACUUAGGAGUGCAUUUGAGGCUGACUUUUGUGAUCCAUCAGUAUAUCUACAGGGUGCUGAUUUUGAUGGAUAAAAUAAUCUGCAAAUUUUGUAGACACAUUCCCAUCUUCCAAAUUAGCCAAACUACCAAAGUAUAUCCGUUAAAAGCCAUCCUAAAGACUAAAAUGUCACCUGUCAAUAUCGCAACGUUCUGACUUUUCGUUGGGACUGACACAUUUACGAGGUUACUAAGGAUGUUGCGGUAAUACCAUCUGAGAGCGUAAAACUUCAAGAAAGGCCCGAAUGAUUGGGCAUCAUGUUGCAUUUAGAAGCGGUACAUUUGAUGAACGGUUUGUUGAAUUCAUUUGCUGGCCGUCUUAUAUUAAGUUCUCCCUACCUGCCUACCGAAAUAUAUACAUAAUAAAGCUGGACGCCCACUGAGACGAUGCGGCGCUAAGGGACCCGCGGCUAAAUUUGUCAUUUGCACACGUCAAAUUUGACUCGUCGCUUCUCUUCGCGUGGCACCAGUCCGUUUGAUUUUCCCAAGUGGAAGGGUUUCGCUUAACAGCUUUCCCCUUAAGGGCCAUGGGGUGUGGUCAAUGAUCAACGUAUUCUACCUGAAGAUAACCAACUUAGUACUAUAUUCACGCGUGCGAAACAUUAUCCGAUAUGAAAUGAGGUACCGUAGUCUCAUCUAUGAUAAUUUCUCAAUGCUACAUUCCUCUUUCCAGCAAUUAUUAGAAGUCUGCUUUGAUAAGGUUAGUGUUUUGUAGAUGGCGCUGCAUCUAUAUGCUCAUAUAAACUUGGCUACAGCGCCAUCUAUGAGACACUAAUCUUUUCAAAGUAGUUUCCUAGUUAUUGCGGAGAUUGACGCGUGUGUAUAGUAUUAGGUUGGUUAUCUUCAGGUAGAAUUCUUUAAGCAACGGCUUAAAGUCAGGCUACCCUACGACUCAACACAAAGCUUUUCAAUCCUUUUGGGUAAAGUAUCAGUUGAUGGAUACUAAAAGGGUGCAUACUCAAUAGGGGAAGAGAGACGACUUGGGCUCGCGACAAUGUCACUAGGCAAUGCUUGAUAUACUAUAGUCUCUUUCCGACGUCACUGUCGAACAUUGUUGAUUGGCAUUUUCACGCGACAUAAAUUACUAUUGAAAUACGGCAAGUAACCGCCUGAAAUUGAUAUCAGGAGCACUUAAAGACAAGCGGAAUAUCUAUCAGGUCAAAAAAUGUGAUGAUUUUAAUGUAUUAAUUUCGUGGACGACUUGUAAAUAUCUAGUCUAAUCUUAAUAACAUUUAAUAUACCAAAAUUGCAAAGUUAUUCGCAAAAUUCGUACAUUUUAAUCAUGCAUUCUCCUUUGCUGAUAUAAAUGUUUGUCUCCACUAAAAUUCAAAUGAUGGUUCAAUUACAGUUCAAGAAUGCAAAUGUUGACGUACUACUGGGAGAACUUUGAAACAUUUUAAACGAGAUUUUUCAGUAUGGUGAAUGCAGUUUUCUAAUGCAAAUUUUCAUAUCUUAAAACUAUAAACAAUAGUUCCAUCGUACAGUUAUUUGAAAAAAUCUGAAUAUUUGACAGAACACUAAAGAUGGCAAAACUUUGAUUGUCAUAAUUAUGAAAUAUACAACCACGAUCCACUAAAAAGCUGUUUUUUGCAUCCUCAGCAUGAAUAUCCUGAUGUUUCGAAAAGCUGUGCAUUUCUCGAUUCUUAAUCGCAACAAACUUUUUAUCAAGAUGUACCCUCAAAACUUAUUUAUACGCGUAAUUUUGUACUCUCGCCUUCUUGUUCGCGUCUUCCUUAGAACCGCUAUUGGAAAAUUGAGGAAAUACAAUAAUUCGAAUCCCAUGCUUUUUGCAUAUUGUUCAGUUAAUAUACUAUACUAAUCACAAUUUAUUAAAUGAAAGUUAUAUAGGAGCUUGGUUUUUGUUGUGGGUAUGAACCAAGAAGAAUGACUGUUAAAGCAUGGCAGUGAGACUGUGAGUGUGGUGAUAUGCAAUAGAAUUAUGAAUUUGUAAAAUCAUUUCUUGUCAAAAUAUAGAAUUUUUUUCUGAUUGUA